AUGAACCCCCAAAGCAAAAAGGUCUUCCAGCUGACCGGCACCUGCAACAACUACGAAUGGGGCCGCAAGGGCCGCGACUCCCUCGCCGCCCGCCUGUGCGCCAACACCCCCGGCGGCGGCUUCGAGCCCGCCGACGACCAGUACUACUCGGAGAUGUGGUUCGGCGACUACCCCGACUUCCCCGCCCGCGUCCUCGACACCGGCGAGCCGCUCCGGGACGUCCUCGCCCGGGACAGGGACGCCCUGCUCGGCCCCAAGGUCGUCCGCGACCUCGACGCCCAGCUCCCCUACCUCCCCAAGAUCCUCUCCAUCGCCAAGGCCCUGCCCCUCCAGAUCCACCCGGACAAGUCCCUCGCCGCCCGCCUGCACGAGCAGGACCCGGACGCCUUCACCGACCCCAACCACAAGCCCGAGAUCGCCGUCGCCCUCGGUCCCUUUGAGGUCUUUGCCGGCUUCAAGCCCCUCGACCGCAUCGCCCCGGCCUUCAACGUCCCCGCCCUCCGCGACUUCAUCCCCGACGGCACCGCCACCUGGACCGACGAGACCCUGCGCGAGGUCGUCCGCCGCAUCCUCCUCGCCGACGAGGCCGCCGUCGAGCGCGCCGCCGCCGCCCUCCGCGACGCCGCCGGCGUCCUCGGCCCCAACGACGCCCACGUCGCCGACCUGCUCCCCCGCCUGCAGGCCCAGUACGGCCCCGGCGACCCCGGCACCCUCGUCGCCCUGCUGUGCAUGAACUACCUCGCCCUCGCCGCCGGCGACGCCCUCUACAUCCCCGCCGACGGCAUCCACGCCUACCUGUCCGGCGACAUCGUCGAGUGCAUGGCCCGCUCCAACAACGUCCUCAACACCGGCUUCUGCCCCCCCGGCGACCGCAGCAACGUCGACCUCUUCACCCGCACCCUCACCUUCAAGGCCCACAGCGAGGCCGACGUCCUCCUGCCCGCCGAGCCCAGCCCGCGCGGCGCCCGCGGCCGCACCGUCGUCUACCCCCCGCCCCUGAGCGAGUUCGACAUGCUCAAGACGGACCUGAGCGCCGCCGAAGGCGGCAUCGAAGUCAUCCGCGCCGGCGAGGGCCCCGCCGUCGCAAUCGUCACCGACGGAGAGGGCGUCCUCGAGGCCGACGGCCAGACCUUCGACGUCAAGGCCGGCUACAUCUGGUUCAUCGCCCCCGGCGUCGAGGCCAAGUGGGAGACCAAGAGUACGCUGCAGGUAUUCACCACCGUGGUUUAA